UUGGCGUGCUGGGAGACGACCCGUUGCGAUGAUUUUUUUCCAUCAAUCGGGGGCGCCGCGAGUAGCUGGAACUUCCGGUUUGGGCUGCCGAGGGGAGAGAGUGUUGAUGCAACGGUUCCCCCGUUCCCCUGUACGCAGAUAUUAUUUCCGAUGCCGCUAUGUACCUUGUUGGGCGCCUGGCUCAGAGUGCAGCGUUGCUGUUUGGUUGGAGAAGGAGAUCGGCAGUAGAGGACCUGCUCACCCAUGCAAGGACAUUGUGCCGCAGCUACGGGAAGGAGGAGCGGGGACAGCCCUGGACACCGAGCCAUCAACUUUACCUGAAGAAUUCUGAGGGUAAAUUCAUUUCUCCUUUUCAUGAUAUUCCACUUUAUGCUGCGAUUGACAAGGCCUUGUUUAACAUGGUUGUAGAAGUGCCUCGUUGGACAAAUGCUAAAAUGGAGAUUGCUACAAAUGUUCCUCUAAAUCCAAUCAAGCAGGAUAUGAAAAACGGGAAAAUGCGUUAUGUAGCGAAUAUCUUUCCUCACAAGGGUUAUAUCUGGAAUUAUGGAGCAUUACCUCAGACUUGGGAAGAUCCCUUUCACAAGGAUCCCUGUACAGACUUUGCUGGUGAUAAUGAUCCAGUUGACAUCUGUGACAUUGGAUCAAGGGUGUGUUCUUGUGGUGAAGUUAUUCAGGUAAAAGUCUUAGGAGCUUUGGCUCUUAUUGAUGAAGGGGAAAUGGACUGGAAAAUCAUUGCUAUCAACCUCGAGGACCCAGAAGCACAAAUGUUUAAUGACAUUGAUGAUGUCAGGAAAUACAAACCAGGCUACCUGGAGGCCACUGUAAAUUGGUUUAAAUUAUACAAGGUUCCUGAUGGGAAGCCAGAAAACCAGUUGGGUUUCAAUGGAGAAUUCAAAGACCGGAAUUUUGCUAUUGGAGUGAUUAAGUCUACUCAUCAAUACUGGCAGUCUUUAAUCUGCAGGAAGACUGAUGGAAGCGGUAUUAGUUGCAAAAAUGUGUCAAACCAUGACAGCCCCUUCUGCUGUAGUCACGAAGAAGCAGAAUCGAUUGUACAAUCAGCACCAAAAUAUGUCAAACCAAACAGCAUCCCAGACGAAGUGAACAUGUGGUACUUCCUCCGCAACUGAAUGUUGGCCACGUUACCAUUUGAAAGGACAAAUUCUGUUUUACUUCUGAAAACUGAUGAUCCAAAUUGUCCAAAAGCAGAAAUGUCUUAAAUUGGUCAGCGAUACAGUCUACAGAAUCAUUAAGAAAAGGCCCUGAUUGGCAAUCAGCCACUGCUUAAUACUUAAUGAUCGAAAGGUGCACCGGUGCAAACUGUUGAGAGAGGUAUUGACCAGCCUGUAUGUGGAUACCAUUUGUAAAAGAUUGAUUUCUUACUUUUUCAUACUUACAAAUGUGAUGUUAAGUAACUAUUUUUCCUGUGUUAUUUGUCCUGCAUUUCUCUGUGGUAUUACAUCUUGUAAAUAAAAUAAAAAUAUGCUUCUUCAUUAAUUUUCCAUUGCCCCAGUCAAAAGCAGAGUUUAGAAUGGCUUUAAGAUACCAAUUACUAAUAUACAUUUUAUGUUAAUAACCUUUUUUGGUACUUGUUUUGAUAUUGUUUCUAUCCAAUAUUAUGGAAGGGUUAAUUUUACAUGUAUACGUUAGUAGGUGCUCUUGUCAGAAAUUCAAGUGUGCAUCGCUUAUGACUUCAUGCCCAUUGUGGAAUCAAUAAGAAAACCUAUUUCUCAGAUGCCCGACCUAUUCCCAUUCCUGAUAUAAAACAGGCCAGUUCCCUGCCCAAUUAAAGACAAGCAAGUCUGUUUUAUAUCAGGAUAUGAAGCGGGUGUAAUUUUGGUUUUAGGCAGUAAUAUAUAACAUGCAAUAUUGAAUCAGUUUUAUUCCUUCCAUUGAAGUCAAAUAGAUGAAAAUUGGGAGAGAUGUAUAAUGUGUGGUUGAUUUGAUAUCGUUAUAGAUUAUCCCCUCAAGUCAAAAUUAUCCCGAGAGCCUGGAGGUAGAGUGAGGAUAUAUGGAUAGAGCAAUUUUAAAUCAACCUUAUAUCACACAAUCUUGCUCUUAAUUGAACUUUUCUUCUGAAGAACUUUGUUUUAAUCAGUACUUGGCAAUAAAAAUGUACAAUAUCAAAAGCUUGUUUUGAACUAGUAACCUGUGCACCUCCCUUGUUAAAUGCUGUUAUUUAAAAGCUAAAGCCAAAUUCUGUAAUAAAUGCCUGAACCUUAUGAUAAUAAAGAUGUUUGUUUCUAUUGCACAACUUGGUGCUAUUCACCAAGUUUUAAAUGAAACAAAAUAA